AUGAAUUUCGACACCAAUAUAUACAAAAGCAGUCUAAUGAGCAAGUGGAUCUUAAUACUUCAACUGGUCAUCGAUGUAAGUCUGGUUGCUGUGUUUACUGGUAUAGCAGAAGUUGCUCCUUAAAUCUUGACAUUUACAGAUGUAGUGGAUGAUACCAAAUGUCAAAAUGAAUUGAAUGUUUAAUAGAUUUAGGGAACUCAAGAAGAAUUCAAAUCAGUGUUGAGCAACAAUUUGUUGUGUUUCUUUUGUCAUGAAAACAUACCAGAUUAGCCAUUUGGAAUCAAAGGCAUUCUACUUAAUCAAGAAACCAUAGUCAAUUAAACUAUGCUAACCUACUCUAUAGGUUACUUUGAUGACAUUACAAGGAGAUCUUGUUGGUAUGAUGCAUCAUAAAAUGAGAAUAUUAACUAUCUACCCAAAAUUAAGUCUAAUAUAUAUGAUAAAUAAAUAGAGGUCCAAUAGUCUACCUUACUUCUGAAUUGGGAAUGUAUCCAAAAUUUAACAUCAUAUACUUGCUACACUAAAGAACAUAUAUAUAAAGACAAUCGACCCUUUUCUAGGUUAUUUGGCUUUAUAAUGGUAGAAGGAAUUCAGUAUCAAUACAUGAACUUUGCCAUCAUGAAACAAAGCAAAGAUUAUUAUCUAUAUAAUGAAGUUAUGAUGAUUGCUUGGAUUGGAAUAGAACUGGUUUUUUGCUGUAUUUUGUGCAUGUUGGAAGAUGAGUUUGAGGAUUAAUAAGCAAAGGUUUUAAUACCCACUUUGUCUGUAAGAAAUCAAAUAUUUUUGAUAUUCUUCCUAAAUAAUCAUCCCUUAUUUCUGAUUCAAUUGUUCUAUGAUAAUAUCUACUUAAAAUUAUUCAAUGUAAUUUUCCAAUCAAUUGGUUAAGCUGGAUUUAUGUUCUAUUGUAUAUCAAUUGCUUUCAAAUUACUUGAACUCAAUUAAUAAUUCAUCACAUUCAUCAAUUUAGGAAUUUGUGUUACCUAUUCGGCGUUGAAAUCAUUUAUUACUAUCGUUACUGGAUUGGACAUGAUGAAGAACAUACCUCAAUCGUCAGUUUAUCUUAACUAAUCAAACUUUACUUUUAUUGGGUUAUUUAUGGUGUUUUGGUACACUUACUUCAUAUUGGUAUAGGGUGUUUUAUUCAUAAAAAAUAGGAGAAACAAAGCAAUUCAAUACAAAUUUGCUAGAACUGAUGUCAAUAUGAAGAUGUGUCAUAAAUAUUAUAAGGGGAUUUUCAUAUUUCAAAUCUUUAGUUUAAUUUUUGUCAGUGCAUUUUUUGCAAGAAUCCUAUGGUAAAACAUAGUGAUAUUUAACCCAAAUUAUUUGUAUUAUGAUCAUUAUCAAAUCACACUAAUAAAUGUUUGGAUUGUAACCUUAUUCAUUUUAUUUCACCUUGAAAAUCCAAAUAAGAUAAAUUAGAUACUUGAGUAGGAUGAGGAGGAAAUUAGUGAUAAAGUUGAAAUUCAAUUAUGUAAUACAAUUCAAUUAGAAGAAGAAUAGGUUAAAUUGCAGGAGAUACCUGAGUAAAAUUUGGAAAUGGGCAGUAAGACACUUGACACCAAUUUGCGUUAAUAUAAAUAUAACAAUAUUGCGUAACCUGAAACACAACUAAGACAUUGA